AUUUUGUUUUUGGGACUGAGCAAUGGAGGGAAUUGGUGAGCGGUUGAUUGAAAAUAAGGGUGCGCAGGUAGCUUGACGAAGAAGGGUGCGCAGGUUAAGCGAAUCUGCUUUCUUCGUUGUGGGCGCAGGUUAAGCCAGUAGACGGGGAGAAAGACGGGGAGAGAGAGAGAGAAUUUGGGUUUUCCUUCGAUGAUCGAUGUCGAAAAUGAAGCAUCUUCUGAGAAAGCUUCACAUCGGUGGUGGACUCAAUGAGCACCACAGAUUGGGCGAGACCCGACCCUCAACGAACCUGAUUCCCAGUCCUGGUCCCAGUCCGAACACGCUCGCUUCGUCUUCUUCGGCCUCUGGGUCCGCCACAAUGGGGAGAAUCGGGGCCGAUGAGUCGGUGGUCGAUCGAAUGGUUGAGGAUGGCGGCGGCGGUGAUGGGUACGGGGAUUUCUAUCUCUUGGAGGAGGAGUUUCAGAUGCAGUUGGCCCUCGCAAUUAGCGCGUCGGAUCCCGAUGGGCGUGAGGACCCCGAGACUGCUCAGAUCGAUGCCGCCAAGCGGAUUAGCCUCGGAUGCUCCGCUCCCGUCUCCGACAGCCAAGCACUCGUCAAGUUCCUAUCGCUUCGGUAUUGGAACUAUAAUGUUGUAAAUUAUCAUGAAAAAGUGAUUGAUGGAUUUUAUGAUGUAUAUGGCAUCACCUCAAAGUUGGACACGCAAGGGAAGUUGCCUUUGCUGGUGGAUCUUCAAGCAAUAUCGAGUUUAGAUAAUGUUGAUUAUGAAGUUAUUUUGGUAAAUCGCUUGGUUGAUCUUGAACUUCAAAAGCUUGAGAGAAGAGCAUAUACCAUAUCCAUAGAGUGUCAAGUUUCUGAACAUGGUCUGCUUUUAAGCGGCCUAAUUCAAAAAAUUGCCAAUCUUGUUGUUGAUAGAAUGGGUGGUGUGGUAGUUGAUGCUGAUGAAAUGUUGAGAAGGUGGACCAUGAGGAGUUAUGAGUUACGGAAUUCUCUAAACACUAUUAUUCUUCCCCUUGGAUGUCUUGACAUUGGACUUUCGCGCCACAGGGCCUUGCUAUUUAAGGUACUAGCUGAUAGGAUUAAUCUUCCUUGUAUGCUGGUCAAAGGAAGCUACUACACAGGCACUGAUGAUGGAGCUGUGAACUUUAUCAAAAUUGAUGAUGGAAGUGAAUAUAUUAUUGAUCUCAUGGGUGCUCCUGGAGCCCUAAUUCCUGCUGAAGUAUCAAGCAGUCAGCUCACAAAUCCUGGCUUUGAUGUUAGGAGCUUUGCAGAUGUUGUAGGAACACCCAACGAUUUGUGUUUGGCGGAUAAUGAAAGAACCAGAAUGCUUGCAUUACCACCUGAUCUUGAUAGAGUUUUUGAGGUUGGCAAUUCAAAAUCAGCCAAAGUUUCAGUUGUAGGCAUCCAAACAAAAGAGAAUCAAACUGAAAGAUUUGAAUGUGAAAGCCCAUCAGGCCCGUCUGGAAAAGCAUCAUCUGUAAGGAAAAAGAAAGUUAAGGAUGUUUCAAAAUAUGUAAUCAGUGCAGCGAAGAACCCGGAGUUUGCUCAGAAACUACAUGCCGUUCUGUUAGAGAGUGGUGCAUCGCCUCCUCCAGAUUUGUUUUCGGACAUAAAUCCAUGCGACUUGGGUCGGCAGGAAGUGCUUCAACAAAAUGAUAUGGUAAAUGGUAAAAGUGUAGAUGAUGCGACUCCAUGUGGCCUUGAUAAGUUUUUGUCAAAUCAUGAGCAGUACCUUUUGCCCUAUGCUAUAGUGGAGCCUUUGAACAAUGCUAAUUUUGUUUGGGAACAAAAACUGUCUACAGAGAGUUUAUCCAAACAAAAUAAAGAAUUGGAGACAAAUUCCAUUAAAUCCGGUGUGUUUUUGUCCACUGAACCUACAAUUUUUGGUAAUAGAACUAACGACUCAUUCCAGACUGAUGCUAUGGGUGUAAAUAUGGUUACUCUUAAUCACCCUAAAAUGAUUGGAAGAGGUUUUAGUGACACUGAAUGGGGCAAAGAAUCCACUGUAAACAGUAGUGUGUGUGUUGCUUCUGAUGCUGACCGCGACGGCAUUAACCCAGUUGUAGAAUGGGAAAUUCCAUGGGAGGAUCUACGAAUUGGUGAUCGUAUUGGCAUUGGUUCAUAUGGUGAGGUCUAUCUUGCAGAAUUGAAUGGCACUGAAGUUGCUGUCAAGAAGUUUCUAGACCAAGAUUUAUCUGGUGAUGCAUUGGUUCAGGUUAAAUGUGAAGUUGAGAUCAUGUUAAGGCUGAGACAUCCUAAUGUUGUCCUUUUCAUGGGAGCAGUUACUCGACCCCCACAUUUCUCUAUCCUUACAGAGUUCCUGCCUAGGGGGAGUUUGUAUAGAUUACUGCAUGGUCCCGUUCCUCCAAUCAAUGAAAAGAGGCGAAUGUGGAUGGCACUCGAUGUGGCCAUGGGAAUGAAUUACUUACACACAAGCCAUCCUCCCAUUGUGCAUCGAGAUUUAAAGUCUCCAAAUCUCCUUGUUGAUAAAAACUGGGUUGUUAAGGUUUGUGAUUUUGGUUUGUCACGCAUGAAGCACCACACUUUUCUGUCUUCCAAGUCUACUGCAGGAACUCCUGAAUGGAUGGCACCAGAAGUUCUAAGGAAUGAACUAGCAAAUGAGAAGUGUGAUGUGUAUAGCUUUGGGGUGAUACUAUGGGAGUUAUGUACUUUGCGUAUCCCUUGGAAGGGAUUGAACCCAAUGCAGGUUGUUGGAGCUGUUGGAUUCCAGAACAAGCGACUCGAAAUUCCUGAAGAAGUUGAUCCAGCGGUUGCCCAGAUAAUACUUGAUUGCUGGCAAACGGACCCACAAUUACGGCCGUCCUUCUCGCAGCUUAUCUCUCGUCUCCGGUAUCUUCAACGGCUAGUUGUUUCAACAAAUGAAUCAACAGUGACCUGAUCAGUUCCAUUUUAGUUGUAGUUCUUCGGCUCAAAGAGCCAGAGCAGCUGAAGUUUUUAUGUGAAAUGAAAGUCGCUGGAUUGGGAAGUGUUGGCUCAUUCAAAGUGGGGGCUGAACACCAACCCAUUCAGAACAAUUUGGCGGUCCUCCUAACUGAAUAGCUGCAAAAGUGCAGUGGAGGAUACCAUUGAAUUUUAGUAGUGUAAGUAGCUAGUAUCAUUCUACAUGUAAGAAAGUCCCACAGAAAAAAGAAGAGGGGAAAAAAAAAAGAAAGGAAAAAAGAAAAAUAACAUGUUCAAGUUGAGAUCAUGUCCGUUGAAUUGUAUACAUUUGAUCUCUGCAAAAUGUUGUGAAAAAAAAGACCAAAAUCCAGAAAGGAGAAAAAAAAAAGGAAUUUUUUUA